UCUCUCUCUCUCACUCGCGGAAGAGCUUCCUCGCUCCCCUCCUCCCUUCGAACUAUAGAAGCUUUCGAUGGCCCUUCCUAUGGAGUUCUGGGGAGUUGAAGUGAAGGCUGGACAGCCCCUUAAAGUCAAUCCUGGCAAUGCUAAAAUUUUGCAUCUUUCUCAGGCAUCACUUGGCGAAUCCAAGAAUAGUAAAGGAAAUGAAUUUGUGCCUCUCCAUGUGAAACUUGGUGAUCAGAAGCUUGUUUUAGGAACUCUCUCUACGGAGAACUUCCCUCAAUUAUCAUUGGACUUGGUAUUUGAGAAAGAGUUUGAACUAUCACACAACUGGAAAAGUGGAAGUGUCUACUUUUGUGGAUACAAAUCUGUUGUACAGGACGAAUAUCCUUUUGUCACGGAUGACUUUUCUGAUUUGGAGAGUGAUUCAGAAGAGGAACACCUUCCAAUGAGUGCUGUAGAAAAUGGAAAGGUUGUGGCACAAGCAUCAGCUAAGACUACUGCUGCCAGUGCUAAUGCUGGCAAGGCUGAAUCAUCGGGGAAGCAAAAGGCCAGCAUUCCACAACCAAUGAAAGUUGACGAGGAUGACAGUGAUGAGGAUGAUGAGGACGACGAUGACGACGAUGACGAAUCAGACGAGGAGGGAGGUGAUAGUGAGGCUGAUUCAGACGAGGAGGAAGAUGAUAGUGAUGAAGAAGAGACUCCAAAGAAGGCUGAAAUAGGCAAGAAGAGAGCUGCGGAUUCUGCAACUAAAACACCUGUUCCUGCCAAGAAGUCAAAGUUACCUACUCCACAGAAGACAGAUGGUAAGAAAGGUGGCCAUACAGCAACUCCUCACCCUGCAAAACAGGCUGGGAAGAAUCCUGCCAACAGCGCCAACAAGUCGCAGUCCCCUAAAUCAGCUGGCCAAGUCUCUUGCAAAUCAUGCAACAAGACGUUUAAUUCAGAAGUCGCUGUUCAGUCUCAUUCAAAGGCUAAGCAUGGUGGCAAGUAGAUUAAAGAACCAAGAUAAUCAUUCGGAAAUAGUUGGAUGUUUUUUGUUCGUCUCUGUCCCCCAAAAAGUGUUGUUUGAGGUGAAUCUUGAGGAGGUUUUGUUGUGAGGGCUCUGUAGGUUUUCAUUAUAUUGUAAGGUCGAUGGAGAUUUUGGACUGGGAUUCUUUAUUCUAAUCAGUAGUAAUUAGUCAUUCGGUUGUCACCUUGUCCCUCUUUCCUCCACUCGGUACAUUUAUAUUGUGAUGGAUUUAUGACCCUUGUCUAGUUGUUACUAUCUUCUCUUCAUCUCAAUUUAUGCCAAAAUCACCGUGGUUGAACUACUUGAACUUGCUUCUUCAGGAAUUUGUCAGUAUUUUGCUCUUCUAGAAA